ACCUAACCUCUCUUUAUCCUCAAGCAAAGUACACCAUGGAAAGUCACUUCUAUAAAUACAGAAAGAAUAACUUUUAUUUCUUCAGCUAGCUAUAGCCUUAAAUUUUCCCUGCUUGAUGCAGCUGUUUCCACAAGUUUUAUCUUGCUCUUACAGUUGCAUUACCACUUGUUUGUGUUUGUUCCCUGUAUUUAGUUUGUGAUAUAGAGCUAUUGUAAUUCCAACAAAUCGAAGUCUUUGGAUCCAAUAACAGAGAGUAGAGGAUGAUGAUGCAGAAAAGGGCAGUUUUAUUAGUUGUUAUUCUCCUCCACAGCCAUGUAGUCUUUGCUUCAGACCCAGAUCCAGUUCUGGACUUCUGCGUAACCCCCAAAGCAUCUGCAAACAGUAACCACUCGUGCAAGAACUCAUCAGCCGUUACGGUGGAAGAUUUCACAUUCUCAGGCAUAAAAUUUCCUGGAAACUACAGCCAAACUGGCUUUUCAGCCAUGCCAGUGAAUUCAAAUGUCUUUCCAGGUUUAAACACGCUUGGCAUGUCAUUUGUGAGAGCAGACUUUGAUGUGGGUGGCAUCAACGUGCCACAUUUCCAUCCUAGAGCAACCGAGACUGCGUUUGUGCUGGAGGGGAGGAUUUAUUCGGGAUUUGUUGAUACAAGUAACAGGAUUUUUGCAAAAGUGGUUGAGAAAGGAGAGGUCAUGGUGUUCCCUAGAGGUCUGCUACACUUCCAGAUGAAUGUUGGAGAUACCCCAGCGAGUAUUUUGGGGAGUUUCAACAGCCAAAACCCGGGGUUGCAGAAAAUCCCAACUGCAAUUUUUGGAUCUGGAAUCAAAGAAGAGCUUUUGGAGAAGGCUUUUGGAUUGAGUGCUAGGGCGAUCGCCAAAUUGAAGAAGAAAUUUGUUCCCCACUGAUUAAGCUAGAGGGUAGAAUGCAGUUGUGUCAACUUAUUUUUGAUAAAAAUAUG